UUUGUACUGCCUACGAUCGUGACUAUGUCGACCAAGAGGAUAACCGUGACCCUCUCCGACUUGGCGAAGAUGAUCGACGUCUCCCUCCUGCAUCCGACAAUGACAGACGCAGAGAUCAUCGCCGGUCUAGAACAAGCGAAAGAAUACAACACUGCGACUGCGUGCGUUAAACCGUAUUCGAUCCCUCUGGCGAAGGAGUAUCUCGCGGGCACGAGCGUCAAAGUAUGUCCUGUGAUCGGCUUCCCCCAUGGGAACAGUACGACCAAGGUGAAAGAAUUCGAAGCUGUCGAGGCUGUCGAAGCGGGAGGAGAGGAAAUAGACAUGGUGAUCAAUAUUGGGAAAGCGCUGAGUGGGGAGUGGGCGUAUGUGGAGGACGAGAUCAGGGCAGUGAACGAUGCUGUCACUUCACGCGGUGCGAUCCUCAAAGUGAUAUUCGAGAAUGAUUACCUGCAAGACAGGCAUAUCGUCAAGUUGUGUGAGAUAUGCUCGCGCGUACGCGUCGCGUUCGUCAAGACCUCGACCGGGUAUGGGUUCGUCAAGGGCGAGGAUGGGAAGUACACCUACAAGGGGGCGACGUUGCCUCAUCUAGCGCUGAUGCGAAAACAUACCGACCCGUCAGUACAGAUUAAGGCUGCAGGCGGGGUUCGAACGCUGGACGACCUGCUCCGAGUCCGAGCACUCGGGGUCACGAGAGUAGGCGCGACAGCGACCAAGGCCAUGUUAGAUGAAGCAGUCAGAAGAGGGAUUGGGAAGGAGCCAAAGGAGGUUGAAGUCAGCUUUGAAGGAACGGAACUGAGCGCGGGGGCCUAUUAG